AUGACUUCGACACAUAAUGCCGUCACGAUAAAGAUGAACGCAGCACACGGGCCCUCUGAUUGGCUGAACCUCGUGGUCAUGGGCGGAAGGCAGCGUGGAGAGGUCGUCAUCCAGAGGCUCUUCGUCACAAGGGUUGAGCUUCAACAGCCUAGAGAGGAGGAAAUAUGCCAUAGAGAUCAACCUGCGCUCAUGCUUUAG